AUGUCGAACCAUUCCCUGCAAUACUCGACUUUACCAGGGUACUUUGAACAUGACGGGCAACCCGAGGGGCCGCAAUUCCGAGCAACAACUCUACCUGGGCUUGGGCUGAUCAACCGUCGGUACGACACAGACGGAGAUUUAGGGCAUGAGCAGACGCAAUGGGAACGUUUUAUGCACUUUCUCAAUCACCUGAAUAAAGAAGCGGUUAGCCAAGCCCGAUACAAGUUAAUCUUCUUGAUUCGGCAUGGCCAAGGUUUCCACAAUGUCAAAGAAGCGCAAGUCGGCAGAGCGGACUGGGAGGCCAAAUGGGCUUUGCUAGAUGGUGACGAUGAGAUGACUUGGGCCGACGCAAAGUUGACGGAAACGGGUAAAUCCCAAGCGCUCGAAAUUAAAGCGACGCUGGAACGUGAUAUCCGAGAGAUGAAAGUUCCGAUGCCAGGAAAAUGCUACACAAGCCCCCUCACUCGCUGUCUGGAGACAACGCGACUUGCCUUCUCAGGCCUCGAGUGGCCAACAGAUCAACCUUUCAGACCGAUGAUCAAGGAAGCCCUCCGUGAGAGGCUAGGGAAACACACAUGCGAUCAGCGCAGCACUCGCUCCCGGAUAGAGAGCAAUUAUGCCGAGUUUGAGAUUGAGUCUGACUUUACUGAGCAAGAUGAGCUUUGGCAAUCAGACUACCGAGAAACUCUUGACGAGCAUGUCGUGCGAGUCAGGCAACUAUUGGACGACAUAUUUAAUAAUGAUAAAAAUACUGUGAUCUCCUUUACAGCUCAUUCAGGGGCCAUCCGAGCACUUUACGCUCUUACUGGACACAAGGAGGUCUGGGUGGCUCCAGGGGCAAUGGUACCUCUUUUAGUGGUAGCAACACCGCAGUAG